AUGUUAAACUAAAAUUUUAAUCUAAGUGAUAAGCAGUUGGAAAUAACUAAAUUAAAUACAUUUUAAUAAAGAGAUGUUUAAUUAAAUUAAGAAGGAAAUCAAUAAAAUACAGAUAUAUAAAAAUAGGAAGAGACAAAACUUUAAUUAUUUGGAUUAGGACAUAAAUAAGCAUAAAAUGAAUUAAAAUAAGAAGAAUUAUAAAAAGAAAAUAAAGAAUAUAUUAACAUAUCAUAAUACUUAGAAUAAUAAUUAGAAAGGUACAAAAUAAUUGAAACUUAAAUUACACAUCAAAAAGAUAAGGGAGUUGUCAAACAUAUUAUGUCAUCUAUUGAAACAUAAUUAGAUAAACUCAAAUUUCAUACUUUAGAUCCAAUUACAGAUAAUAAUAGUAAAUUUGGAGAAAUUAGUUUGAUUGAGGAAUAGAAUCAAACUGAUGAGUCUUUCUAUUCUAAUUCUAAAAUACAAGCUCAUCUAAAAGAAAUAUAUAAAUUUUAUUCUAAAAUAUCUUAUGUACGAGGUCCUUCUGAUGAUUUCAAUAGAAUUAAUCAUGAAUCAAAUACAAUGACAGAGAGCAAAUUUAUUAUUUUUUGUCGACAAUUUGGAUUAUUAGAUACGAAGAUUCACCAUACAAAGACAUAAUCUAAAAUAGAUGAAACUAAUAAAUUAUCAAAUAAUAUAUUGCCUCCAAAUUCUAAUAUUCUAAUUAAAAAUAUAAUUGAUAAUAAUGAAAAUGUCAAGGCUAAAUAUUUAUCUUUUAAAGAAUUAGUAAUUAAUUUUAAUAAUUUAUUAGAAUAACUUAUUUAAAAGAGUUAACAAAAAUUAAAAUGAAGUUACUUAUCUAAGCUUUAUACAAUUACUAUAAGAGCUUUCAAAAUAAAUGUUUAAUAAAGAACUCAAGAUAGCUGAACAUUUACUUUAUAAACUAAUAAAAGUUGAUACUUAGGAAUUUCGAAAAUAAUUCAAACCCCUUUAUAUUCCUUUCAAUACUAAGGAUAAACCUGGUUUUCGUAAACCUGAAGGCCUAGCAUAUUAAAGAUAUGGAAACCAUUCAACAGAUUAACUUAAAUCAAAAAAAAUAUUAAUUGACGAGUGGAAAAAAAGUAAGAAGGAAUAAAUGAAAGAUAAAUUAAUAAUACAAACUAAUUAAUCUAGAUCUAAAUCAAUUAUUUUUGAACCAUUGUAUGUCAAAACAAGCAGCUAUAAAGAAAGAAAAUAAAAAAAAGAUGGAUUAUAUGCUAACUCUCAUUAAAUUGUGAAUUGGGAAAAGUUAGAUUCAUUAGAUCCAAAAUAAAUUUUACUUAACGAAUUCAAACCUGCUGAUUUAAUUUAAGAGGAUGAGGAUAUUGAAGAUAAAUAUUACCUUAAAAGCUAUGAUUUAUCUAGAUCUGACAAAAAAAGUGACCAUAAGUAAAUCAUGAUGUAAAACUAGACCAUAAUCGACUGAAAAAAGAUUACCAGGUUUUAAAAUGAAAACUGAAAUUACAAAUAGAAGAAAUUAGAUCUAAUCUAAAAUUGAUAGUAGAAUUUAACAAUAUUAAGCCUAUUUUAAACUACCAAAAUUAUAGAAAAAAUGA